AUGUCCGAAGACGUAUCUAAGUUCCUGAUGCAGGUAAAAGAAUUGGGGGAUCGGCGGAUUGAAGAGGACGAGGCCCGCUCUCGAGAACUAGAGGAGAGAAUAUUGCGGGAGAGAAAGGAGCGGGAGGCUCGCCGCGCAGAACGCGCUCGGUCCAUCUCGCCUCAAAAAUCCUCUCCGGUGAAUACGCCCCCGCUAUCAGCUCAUCGUCGUACCGACACCCGCGGCUCUUUCAGUCGUCUGAAUCUAGACUCAUCCCCGAUUCUCGAACCUGCCAUGAGCCCCCAUUCUCAUACCUCUCUAAAAACCGACGAUAUGGGGGCCCACGGAGGGUCGUCCUCACCUUCUAAAGAGAACGAAUCGCCUCUGGAAUCCGAGCACAAGCCAACAACCGGCCAGACGUCUCCCACCCGAGCAACUAGAGGGCUGUCCUGGCAAAAGCGGCCAAAUUCGCAAGCCUCUGAACGUUCGCGAAGUCGCCCGCUCUCCGUAGUUGCGGCUGAGAAUGCGGCUCGAAACACCCCCCCUGAGCCUAGCUCUGCCAUAGAGUCUAUCCCGAGGGACCAAAUUGCCUCAGCUUUGUCUGCUAAGGACCCUUCUUGGUUUCGGCAGACCGCGGAUAGGGGUGCCAGUUCUGCCGCUUAUAGGCGGAACCAGGCCGAAGAUAACCAAACGACAGACAUGUCGUUGCUACCAGCGGCUCAGCUCCCGGGUAUGUCGGGGGCGGCGCAGGGUGAGGUUCUGAAGGAUGAUACUAGCUCUCGACCUACUACGCCUGCUCUGCCGGAUGGCUUGGGUUCACCCUUAUCUUUGUCGACCUCUCAAAGACUGGACCCUCCUAAUCGCGAUCCUGAGCUGGAGGCCGAGACUGAUCAUGAACGAUCACAUACUAGGUCUCCUUCACUGGGCCGGAUUUCACCGUCCAAAGUAGACAGGCCAGUCUCGCCAACAAAGGGCAUGGGGGGGUUCGUACAGAGCGCUAUGAUGAAGCGCUCUGAUAGCAUCAAGAGAUGGAGCAUUCAAUCUCCCCCCAGCGCUCAACGUACGGAUCCAGUUGUCUCACAUCGCACCGGGACGAGGCCGAGACCGGGAAGCAUAAUCCGUGACGCCCCUAUAGACCUUUCGCCGCGGCCACCGUCGAGCCGAGAAGAACACCGGGUGGGCGAGCUGCCUAGCACGGAAAAACGUAGCGACUCGCCGAAGCUCGAAAUCAAAUUGCCUCAAGAGCCGCAAGAGCAAGAUAUAGGUGGCGUUGCAAGCCCUAUCAGUCCAUCAAAAACUAUGGAUUCAAGGAGAUGGAGCCCAACAAAGGCUAGCUGGCUCGAAUCUGCUCUGAAAAAGCCCGAAUCGCCGAAGCCGAAGCCCACUCCCGCACCUGCUAGCCAGCCAGCUUGGAUGGCCGAAAUCCAGAAAGCGAAAGCGGAGAAGGCCGCCAAUCCCGGUGCAGAGAGGAGCAGGUCGCCGACUAUUUCGCAUAGACAUCAAGUUAGCAUCGAUGGGCUGAUGAGGUCUUCUGCUCCUGGAGUCAGCGCAACAAAACCGCCCGGACUGGGUGUAGUUCUUCCUGCUAUAGGCACCUCGCUAAGCGCCAACAUUCGCACCGACAACACUAGCCCCCUCAAAGACAUACAAAGCCCGAUCACACCCGGUAUCAAGAACAAUGACCCAGAAACAGUCCAUAGCCCCAGUCCUAUAGAAUCGCCUGUUUCUGCCACGAAGCCAAAACCUGAGGCGCCGCUCAAGAAGGAUUUCCGAGCAAACCUGAAACCUAGACAACCCCCUCCCACAUCUAACGCACGGGAAGAGAUCGAAUUCAAAAACGUUUUCAGCAAUCUCCGAAAGACGACAACUCAGAAUUAUGUUGCGCCUGACGAGUUAAAGGGUAACAUUCUCAAAGGCAAAUCAGCCCUUAACACCACGGGCGGCCCCAAGAAAACAGAGCGCGUUGAUGAAUUUAAAGAGGCUAUUCUAGCAAAAAGGAAGAGUUUCCAUCAUGCGCAACCAGAGAGCCGAGGCGUUGCACGGAAGGACAGUAUCGCGGAUGAGCAACCCGUUCCCGAAGCCCUGGCUAAACGGAGCGAGCUCGGACGAUCGCGGGAUACUACACCUUCAGAGCCGACUGUGCCGGAUCUUCGCAGACCAAGUCUUGUUACAUCAAAAAGCGAUUCUACCCAGGGCUCUCCACUUGACAAGCCACAACACCGAUUCGAGAACCGCGACGACAGCCUAGAAAUCGGAGCGCCUAAAGCAGACCGCCCAACUAUCCCGAGACGAGGCUCGGCUCAAACAGUCACCGUAUCAAAAGAGGCCGGCCGAUCUGCAACGAGCCCGGUGGCCCAGAAAGAAGCAAAUAUAUCUGGCCGACUGCCGGGGAAGCUCGCGGGAAGUGCUUUAGCAAAUCGAUUCAAUCCCGCCCUCGCCGGUUUACUCGCCAGGGGGCCCCCUGGCCCUGCUCCCGCAUCCUCAACUGGUGGUAUUUCCAUAUCGAGCUCACGGUCAAAUAGUGCUUCUGAAGGGAAUGGCAACGAAGCUAGCUCGGGCCCGACGUUGACACAUAUGACGAAGGGUCGUGCUCGAGGACCUAAGAGGAACGCGCCCACUGUAACCAUUUCAACGUCGACCUCGACUACAGAUGAACCAAAAGAACGACCGGCCGAUAUCACCCCAAGCGGACGCCCAGGUGCAGCAAUCCAGCCAGUGGAACCCAUUCAUUCUGUGUCAGACUCUCCGGUGAUUGCAUCAGUUGAUUCUUCGAAAAUGGGGAAUGGUGAACUGACAAACCCGAAACCGCAGCCUAUUUCUCUAAUAGGUCCUUCGAAGAAGCCGUUCGAGCCCGCACCAGAAGAGGUCCUCGGCAAGGCUCCUAACCAUUCUAACAAGAUUCACGAACAAGUGGCUGUAUUUGCCCAGAAGAGAGAGCGGUCGCCGACCAAGGGAUCCGACGAAAUCAAAGAAGCCACCUCGCAACCGCCUUCUCCCAGGAAGCUUGACGUGAAGCGGAUGUCGCGGUUCCUCGACGAUUCUAAUCAUAAUGUUGCAAAAAGUAUUGAUCCCCAACUGCCUAAAGAGACAAAGAAAGAGACGAUCAGAACACAUUCGCCGGAGAAAUCAAAGCCGAUCUCUGACCAAGCUUCUAGUGUAAAUACAUCAAAACUUGAUUCGCAGUCACCCCCAUUAGAUAAGCCCUCUGGGCUGUUGCCAGAUCCCAUCUCUUCUACUUCUGUGAGACAGCCACUCACUGAUGCUAUUAAUGCAAGCUCGACUACGCCAAAGAACCCCGUGACGCCCGUCAUCGGUGGACGACCUUUACCCCCUGUUCCAGCGGCCGCUGGCCUAGAACUGUCAUCACCUCGUCCACCUCCGAAGGAUCUGCCUCCGAAGGAUUUACCCCCGAAGGACCCGAAACAGGUUCCGCGGCCACUCCCUAUUCCUAAGUCUACCUCACCCCCACCUGCGGCACCGUCUAUGCGCUCGCCCACUAAGCAACCCUAUGAUGCCAUGACGUUACUCGGCGACUUCUUCGGCCCUGAGCGUCCCCGGAGAAAGUACAACGUGGAUGCGGUUGAGUUGCUGACACGCCGGCCAAGUCCAGAGCUGAAGACCCAGACUCUGAGCGCUCAGCUCUUCCAAUUAUCGGGUGACGGCAAGAAGCAAGCUGUUCCCAGCCAUCACGAGCGAACGUUAUUCGAACGUGAAAUGUACAUCUGCUCCCACACGUUCAAGAGCGAGGCAGGCAAAAAAUUCACAGAAGUCUACUUUUGGACAGGAGAUGAGGUACCCUGUUCGGCGGCGGGGGAUGCAUCGCCAUUUGCUUCGCGCGAAGCAAAAGCUAUGGGCGGUAAAUUGAUCAAGCUUCAGCAGGGUAAGGAGACACCCGAAUUUCUUCAGGCUCUAGGGGGCGUUGUAAUUGUCCAACGUGGUUCAAGCAAUAAAUAUGACUCCCUCGCCCCACGGAUGUUAUGCGGAAGACGGUAUCGCGGACAUAUCGUAUUUGAUGAAAUCGACUUCAGUCCCGCGGUUUUGUGUUCCGGGUUCCCGUACGUUGUAACGGCAGCGGGAAAAUGCUUUAUAUGGAAGGGCAACGGCAGCGGGGUCGACGAACUUAGUUGCGCGCGGCUCAUAGGGAUAGACUUCGCGUUAUCAGGCGGGAUAGAGGAAAUCGAGGACGGCCGCGAGACGGCCGCCUUCUGGGAUCUCUUCAAUGUCAACACUAAGGCUGUAUCAGCCGAUCACUGGCGCCUCAAACCGAACUACGACAAGUACUGCACUAGGCUGUUCUGCUCGGAUGCAUCCUCCAAGAAGCAAAUCGUUGAGAUAUCGCCUUUCUCGCAGGCAGAUCUCCUUCAAACAAGUAUAUACGUGCUCGACGCCUUUUUCGAGCUGUAUGUUAUCGUGGGUUCCCGGGCCCAAUCCCAGUACGCCUCAUUCCAUAACGCAUUAGACUUUGCCCAGGAGUACUCGAUUCUGGCUGCAGGGAUGGAGGACCGCCCGUUUGUCCCUUUCUCAACUGUCGUGCUGGAGGGCAUACCUCGAGAUAUGAAGAGCGUGUUCCGGAAGUGGCGUGAUACCAACAACCCGACAAUUACGAACGCGAAUACCGGUUUGAAACGGGGACGCAGCCUUCGGGUUGUCCCGCUCAACCAAGCAUUGCAGGCGCUGAAUGAUUAA